UGACAUGGAACCUUUAACGGUAUCUAGGUAAUAAGUAGAAAUGAAACAUUCCAAAACUGGUAUACGCCGCUGAAAUGAGUAAUGAAGUGGACAUUUAGAAAUAACUGUUGUAAUUCCAGCCAGAAUGAAAUAUCCACCAGAGAAUAAAUGCAAAAUUUGUGGAUCAAUUUUUUGUUGUGUGAAAUGUCGCAGCCAACAUGAGCUUUCGAAACAUUCAAAAGAAUUGGAAAACUUACAAAGGAUCACAAACAAAUGUUCCAUUUGCAUGAAACAACCACUAGUUUCCCGUCCCGCAGCGAUUACGCAGGAUUUCCUCACGCAUAUUAUGCAAAAGCAUCUGCCGCUCUACUGCCAGAAAUGCCGCAAGAUGUACACAUCGGAGAAGGACUUACGAGAAAAUUGGAAGUGCUCAAACUCAAAUUCAUUAUGUGCAGUAGAACCAGAAGCCUCAGCUGCGAAUAUAGAAGUAAUACCAGUCUGUAGCUCUCCACAUAACCAAUUGGAAUCGGCAUCAGAUCAACCAAUAGCUGCCUCCACUCAAACGUCGCCGAGUUUAUCGCGACUGGACAGAAAUAAAAAUGAUAUGAUUGAAACGCCGAUAGUUUCGCCACACGAAAUGCAAAUCAAGCAAAAGUUUAUACUUGCGAGCGGAAGCAUUACAGACAGUGCAUCGUCUAUUAAAAAUUUCUAUUCCUUUAGUACAUCAACACAAAUCCCGCCUCAGCUUAUAUCUGCCCACGCUAAAUUAGUGAGAACAACAUCGACGCCAAUGCAACACAUUUCAACUGUAACCAAAGAACAGCAUUUCGACUCAUCAGCUCAAGUAUCCAGCAUACAUGGCUCUAGCAGUGAAUCAGAUGUGAGUCCUCCUUCUGAAAAUUUUAACAUGGCUUCGUCACCAGGCAAUGUGAAACCAAACGAACCAUUGCAGAUAACUCGAGGCAGACGGAAGAUGCCUGUGUCAGCUACUCCUUUGCGACAAGUAAUGUCAAAGAGUAUUCAACGAGCUAUUGCUGAGCAUGGAGUAUUAAAUUUGCAAAAUAAAGGAUUGCAACCAAAAAAGAUAUUCGAUUCAGCGAGUAGUAGCUGUUCUAUAUCUUCGCCUUUGGAUCUUCGAACGUCGCCUGCUCUUCGCCGGAGUCAAAGUGAAAUAGUCGAUCGAAGUUCAACCUAUGAAGAAUUUCAAACAUCGAAGACAAGCUCUCGGAAACAAAUCGUGUCUACAUCAAAACGUAUCAUUAUUGAGGAUUAUGUAAUUUCUUCAAAUAGCAUCUACGAGAAGCUAGAAACUGUUUUCGAAACCUGCAAGAACGUGGAAUCAUCGGCAGACCCCCUUCUAAAGCCUGAGAAAGAAAUAGAAAAGUCGCCAAGUAAAGUAGAAAACUUGCAACCGGAUACGCCUAAAAAAUCGGGGGUAGUGCUUAAAAAAACUAUUUCCUUCGACACUCCUAAAUACAGCGAUAGCAAACAAGAUGGUGGCGAAGAAGAUGAAGUUUUCUACACACCGAAAAGCUUAUUACCGCAAACAAGCUUUCCUUCCUCAUAUUUGAACUCAUCCCCUGCAGGUAAGUCCUCACCUCCAGGCGCCUUGAAAAAGACAUUUUCGUAUCCCCUGUACAAUGCGUCGACGGUCAAUAAAAAUAGUGAAGAAAAUGAAAACGAUCAAGAAAAUACGAAACCAGCUCAAAGAGGGAGAGUUUGGUCAUUUGUUACUUCAGUCAUGCGUUUAGCCUCUUUCGGUGGGAGGCCGUCCCAAGAACCAGAAACAACACACAACAAACCAGAGGAAUCUAUGAGCAUGAUCAAAAGAUGUGCAUCGUUCGCAGGCGUUAUUAGUAGAAAAAAAUCAAAUGAGGAUGACACAACUUCCCAACAAAUGAAAAGGAAACGUACAAAUACUUUCGAUAAAUUUUCAUACCCUGAACCUAAUUCUACCCACGGGGGACCUAGUAAGCGAGUGAAGCGGAUUGAAGGUAGAAAACCAAUUGAAAGAAUGCGUAAGGCAUCGAAAGAUGUUUGAAAUUGUGAUGAUUGGCAUAAGAUUAUAUUUUAAUCCAUUUCACAUGUGCAAGGGAGGACUGAGCCCCACAUGAACUACGCAAAUAAGUUUUAUACUUGGAUGACGAUGAUUAAAGAUUCCGUUAAAUAAAAGGGUUUCGUUAUAAU